AUAUAAGCACGAGCGUGGAGAGAAGAUAAAGUCAUUGGUGACGACGAUGAUGAUGAUGAUGAUAUCAUAAGUUUUUUAUUAGAUUCUGUGAUGAUAAUAAUCUUCUUCACUUCGAUCGAUCAAUUUCAAGUACGCUUUUCGACUCGUUCGAUCUCCUCCGAGUUAACUCACCUCUCUAAGGUCUGUUGUUAUUAAGCGGAAUCAUAUAAAUUUUUUGUUAUUUUGUAAAUUGUAUGGGAAUCAACAUGAAGAGUGAAUUGGAAUUGCAAUGGGAAUCAACAUGCCAUAUUUGUGUCACUCUAAUGGCUUUCAGGGUUUAGAAACUUAUAAUUUCUUCUUCUGUUGUAUUUUUGUUGCCUUGUUGUAUGACUUUCUUUUUGUCGUUAGUUCUACAAAUCACUGUCUGUCUGUUGUAUUUUCUACUGAACUAUUGCAAAUAAGAACAUUUUUAGACGGCCUCUAAUUUUUUUACUUUGUAUUAUGUAAGAAGAGUUAAUUAAGGUUGUUCUUAGAUAUUCUAAUUGGCCGUUGCAGUGAUAGAAGAAUAUGGAAUAUCUCAUUUAUAAUACGUCCCAUAAGUGUAGCUCAAAUGGUAGCUACCAGGGACGUUAUUGGAGUGGUCGGGGUUCGAACCCCGGAUUCCACAUUUCUCCACAUUUAAAUGUGUGAGAGUCUAGCCACUAGGCUACUUAACCAAAAAAAAAAAAUACAGAUGAAGCACAUGGGUUAGAUGUAUAAACCUUCAACCUUAACAAAAAGGGAAGGAACAAUAGUCAAAUCCCAAGAUUUAUAGGAUUCCUAUCACAAUAAAAAAUAAAUUAUAUUAGCUUUAUUCUAGGAAUAUAAUUUACAAAGCUUUCCAUCUGCACCUCAAGCUUAUGUAAUAUAAUUUAUAAUUAAAAUUCCAGACUCCUUAAGCUCAUUGGCAAGCUGACCUUGUGUGGACACAUAGGAUUUGCAAAUAACAUUUUUCCUCGGAAACCUCCGUGCUAAGUAUCUGCAUAAUAUGGAUCAAGAAGAGAGCAAGAUCGACACUGAGCAUAACAUAGAUCAAGAAGAGCGCAUAGUCGACACUGAGCAUAAUACGGAUGAAGAAGAGAACAAGCUGGGCUCUGAGAAAAACAUCGAUCAAGAAGUGAGCAAGAUGGGAACUGAGCAUAACAUGGAUCAAGAAGAGUGCGGAGUGGGCACUGAGCAUAAUACGGACCAAGAAGAGAGCAAGAUAAUCACUGUGGAUAGUAUGGAUCAAGACGAGAGCAAGAUGGGCACUAAGGAUAACAUGGACCAAGAAAAGAGCAGGGUGGACACUGAGCAUAAUAUGGACCAAGACGAGAGCAAGAUAGGCACUGUGGAUAAUCUGGAUCAAGAUGAGAGCAAGAUGGGCACUGAGGAUAACAUGGAUCAAGAAAAGAGCAGGGUGGACACUGAGCAUAAUAUGGAUCAAGAAGAGAGCAAGAUGGGCACUAAGAAUCUUCCUGAUUUUUCUUCUAGUCCUAAUCCUCAGUCAUCAGAAAAUGAUGAUAGCAAGAAGGAUACUGGUCUUCCUGAAGGAUCUAGUAAACCAGAGUUGAGUGAGAAGAUUACUCCACAAUCAUUGAAGGCCAAAAAAAUUGUUAAGAAAUCUCUUGUUGGUGUUGCUAAAUUGAAGGCCAAGAAGAACAAGAGAACCCCUCAGAUUGUGAGGAAAAAAAUAAAACGGAAGAUCAAAAAAGUAGGGGACAAUGCUGAAAGCUCUCACAAGGAAGACGAUAAACAGAUUUCAGACAGUCCCCGGCAGAAUGAACCACCUAAGGAGAAAAAUCAAGAGGCUGGAAACAAUGAUGUGAAGAAAAGUCAUAAUACGAUCAGUAAUGAUCAAAGUUCUACAGAGAAGAGCCGUCAGGAUAAAAAAGAUGAGGAAAUCAAUCUGUCGGAUAAGACUGAACAAGAACAGAAGAGUGAAGAGAAGCACACAGAGUCAAAUAAGGGUUCUAGGAGGAGAAAAAACAAAAACAAGCAAAAAGGCAAGGAAAAGAAUCUACCAAAUGACCAGGAAACGAGUCUACCAAAUGACAAGGAAAAGAGUCUAUCAAAUGACAAAAAGAGUGGAAAGCUUGGCGGUCUCAUCUUUAUGUGCAGUGCUAAGACAAAGCCGGAUUGUUUCCGCUAUCGUGUCAUGGGUGUUUCAGCUGCUAAAAAGGAUGAUAUUUUAAAAAUUAAGCCUGGGCUUAAGCUUUUUCUUUAUGAUUUUGAUCUGAAGCUACUAUAUGGGAUUUACAAGGCUUCAUCUUCUGGUCGCAUGAAGCUUGAACCCAGAGCUUUUGGUGGCAAGUUUCCUGCCCAGGUGCGGUUUAAGAUUGUUUCUGAUUCUUUCCCGCUACCCGAAAGCAUUUUCAAAAAGGCUAUCAAGGAUAAUUAUAACAAAAAGAACAAGUUCAAACCAGAACUUACUGUUGCGCAAGUUAGGAAGCUCACUAGACUUUUCCGACCAGUUGGAGCUCAUUCAGCUGUGCAGCAGCCUGUUUAUUCUCCUCCAAAAGCAAUAAUUCGAGAAAGGGAAGUUCCGGGUCGGGUUAGGGAAUCACAGCACCAUUCACACAGGGAAAGAGCUGCUGGACAUCGAUUUGAGCGUCGAGAGGAUAUUCCCCGUGAUUCAUUUCUUAUGGAGAUGAAUUAUCGAGCUUAUGAUCGAAGAAAUGUAGCUACUACUUCGCAUGUUAAUCCUAUAAUGGAACCUUACGAGAGAGAUUAUGAACACCGUCUCGUGGAACCUCGCUACCGGAGCAAUGUCCCUGCUCAUGUAGAAAGUCUUCGAAGGGAUCCUAUUUAUUUGAAUGACCGUGAACAGCAGAGCUAUACUCGUGUUUUUUCAGACCAUAUAAAUGAUCCUUAUGCCUAUCGAUACGGUGCUUCAUCUAGGGAUGCAUAUUUGGCUCCAUUAAGUAGAGAGGACAUCACUCCAAGCUCGUAUUUGGCUGGGGGAAGACCUUUCUCCGGGACUGAUAACUUGCGAAGGAGAGAGAUCGUUGAUGAUAGGCAUUACUCAAUAUAUUCUGCUGCUGAUUCUUUACCUGAUUACCAUCCAAUACAGCCAUAUCGUGGAGACAAGUUGGAAUCCUCACCUAUACGAGUUUCAGCUCGUUACUCCUUUGCUGGCCCUUCUUUUUCUCGUCGCUAACUUAGAAAUGCAAUUUGAAUCCCUUGGCAUGCCUUCCUUUUGACUAUCUUUCAUUUUGAUGACUGAGAUAUUUUAAAUUUGUAUUAAUGCUAAAUGCUUAGGUACCUCUGGAUUCGGGAAAACAUUUUUUCAUUGAGUUUCGAAUGUUUUUUAAUGUACGAAUCAUCAUUACAACCCAGACUCUAUAUGGAACUUUGAUGAGGGGCUAGUUUAUUGUCAAUUGGUGAAGGAUUUGAAUAUGAGGUUUGUAGUUAAUCACUGUAUAGUGGUUGAAUGGAUGCAAGAGUUUUAGGGUGAAUAAUGAUUGCCUCACCGAUUUUGUUA